AACCCUCCAGGCCGAUCUUCGACGCAGGGCUUGGCUGUUUGCCUCUGCUGGCUGUUUUCAGCUGAAGUUGAAGAUAGAGAUUCGUAAUACAAUUUCUAGUGCCUGGACAUGACGUCUUCUUGCAAUAAGUGGAAAAACCACUAGAGGUGAAUAUCUGAUAAUCUCUCUCCCUCAGCCCCAGCUAAUUAAAUGCUGAAGUCAAACAGCAACGUGUGGAGAGAGCCCUGCCCUUAAUUGUACCUAUUGCAUUGAAGCAAUCGAGGGCUAUUUUCGUUUCCCCGGUACCUGGCUAAAUGCAUAGCUUUUGUUUCUCGAGUUAAAAGGGCUUAUUGAAUUUGUUCCUCAUCUGUGAUCACUGACUAAAGACCGAGUUCCCUCCUGCCAAUUUGGUGGCGUUUGCAAAUCUCCAGCCUCCUUGCUGCUUUUAGGAGAAAAAAGAAAGUCAGGUGGCAUUGUUACAGGUGCUGCAUAUCUCUCCCUUUAAAAUGAGAUCGAACUGCAGAGACUGGGGCCAGAACAAGAAAUCUACAGGGCUGAGAACGGGGGUUUCAUACCCACAAUUAAUGCUCUAUGAGCAGCAGAACCAGACCCGAUCGUCGGGGGGGGGAGUUUUGCCAGGCUCUGGCGGUGUGUAAAAGUGCUUCGCUUUUCCUGUAUAUUUUUUGUUGUGUGUCUGGGAGGUGGCGAAAACUGACCCUGAACUAAAGCAGAGAAGCUCCCGCUGGGUAGCAUGAAAGAGAGGAAAUAACCGCUGCCGGACAGGUCGCCUGCGAUCGUGAUCCAACCAUUCCACGGCACGCUGCGCUCCGAGCAGAGACUGUGCGCCGCAAAGGAAGCGCCUCCUCUGGAGGAGUUGUAACUACCUCCUCCUCUCCUGUCUCUUACGCACUCACACCUUCUCCCCCAGUGCACUUAUACAAGGGAAUCAUCUGACCCCGGGUAGUGGGGAGGAACCGGGCAGAUCCCUUUCUCUAAGGGAGAGUUCGCACAGAGGAGAAGAAAAGGGGAAAGUUUAUGUAAAAAACAAACAAACGUGCCCCUCUCCACCAACCUCCCCCCCCCCUCCCAAGUCUGGACCAAGCAGUGUGAAGUGCGUGCUCGGGGACCGUGGCGGGAGGUCGGAGGAGAGCCCGGCAGGCUGCCGGGGUGGGCACCGCGGGGAUCGCACGCACGGCUGCCCCCCACCCCGGCUCUCUCCCCUCCGUGAGCGGCUUGCCCUGUGCGUGCGCGUGUGCCUACGGGAGGGAGGGAGCCAGGCGCAGGCGCACCGCCCGCCCGUCUGCAGCCCGGGCGCUCUCAGUGCAGAUCCCGGGGAGUUGAUGGCAGCAGCGCGGUGCGGCCACCCGGCGGAGAGCGGAGCGCGGCGGAGCCCUGAGCCCAAAAUGUGCGGGGAGGAAGACAGCGGCUGUAGCAGCUCCGGGAGCCCGAGGGACGGGGCCGGGCAGCCGCUGGUUACCCAGCUCUCCUGACCUGCAUACCCCCUCCCCACACAUCGCUCCCCCAAAGAAUGUCAGCCAAGUCCAAGGGGACCCCCGCCUCCUCCUCGCCACCCGAGGGGCCGCCCGCAGCCUCCAAAGCCAAGGUGAAGGAACAGAUCAAGAUCAUCGUGGAGGAUUUGGAAUUAGUCCUGGGGGACCUGAAAGACGUGGCCAAGGAACUCAAGGAGGUGGUUGACCAGAUUGACACAUUGACAUCUGACCUGCAGCUGGAGGAUGAGAUGACAGACAGUUCCAAAACUGACACGCUGAACAGCAGCUCAAGCAGCACAACAGCGUCCAGCUUGGAGAAAGCCAAAGUGCGUGCCAAUGCACCUCUCAUCAAGCCCCCAGCACACCCAUCUGCCAUUCUCACCGUACUGAGGAAACCCAAUCCACCACCACCUCCACCACGGUUGACUCCUGUGAAGUGUGAAGACCCUCACAGGCCAGUUCCUUCUGCCAACCCUGUAAAGACUAAUGGGACCCUACUUCGAAAUGGAGGUUUACCAGGAGGACCAAACAAGAUUCCUAAUGGGGAUGUAUUUUGCAUACCUAAUAGUAACUUGGACAAAGUUCCAAUGCAUCCUCUGAUUCAUAGACCUGAUAAAGACAGGUGUCCUCAGACAGGAACACGGGAACGAGUGCGAUUUAGUGAGAAAGUGCAGUACCAUGGCUAUUGCCCUGACUGUGACGUUCGGUAUAACAUUAAAAACAGGGAGGUCCACUUACAUAGUGAGCCGGCCCACACACUGGGAAAGCUUCCUCACCAAUGUCCUCCUUUACCACCACCGCCUCCCCCUCUCCCUCCAUUGCCUCUAGAAAAUGGAGGGUUGGGAAUAAGCCCCAGUAAUAGCUUUCCCCCUCUCAGACCUGCAACUGUGCCUCCACAAACUGCACCAAAACCCCAGAAGACCAUCUUAAGAAAGUCAACCACUACAACGGUGUGAUGUAUGCCACUUGAAAAACUGUUUGUUUUUUCCUAUAUAUAAACAUAAACAAAUAGGUAAUGAGCACUUUCUACUCAAGCAAUAAAAAGCCCAAAUAUAUUA